AUGUUUGAGUGCCAAUGUGAACCACAAAGGUCAACCCCUCUUUCCCCUUUCAUCUUUCAUCUUUUUGUUUUUCCUUUGGCACGUCCUCUCUCUCUCUCUUUCUCUUUCUCAGGCCUUGGUUUUCUGUUGCAACUGCUGCUUUUAACUUCCUCAACUUCCCUUGGCCCACUCGGCCACACCAAGAUUCUACAUUAUGGGUUCCCUUUUCUAUUGAUGGAGGAUUACUCUAUAAAUUCAUCUUUACACAAAUCUGUUGCUUCCAAAGGAACAACAGGUGAGGAAGAGAGUGGCUGGACUGCUUACUUUGAAGAUUUCUCAAACAAUGAUCAGCAACAUAGUUACUGUUCUAGUUUUAGUCGUAGCUCUUCCUUGAUCUCCGAUGCUGCAACAACCGGCGCUGCAUGGAAAACAUCCCACAAUAACCAUCAUGUUUUUGCCUGCUCUUUGUCCUGUGCCGACAGCUCCCCGAAGAUUCUUCCCAAGAAAUUACGUUUUAAGAAAACACGAACCAAAGAAAUUUGUCAUGAGGAUGAUUCCUUGGAGGAUACUGCUAGUUCUCCUGUCAAUAGUCCCAAGGUUAGUAAUUUGAUGAAAUCGAAUGAUAUGAAUCUCAGAAAGAGAGAAGAUCAAAUCCAUAGUUCUCUGGGGAAGGAAACUACUUCAGAGAAUUAUUCAGAGAUACAGAAUGAAGAAGAAAGCAAAACGAAUUUUGAUCAUGGGAAGAACGAUUUUACAGAGUUAAAGAAAAGAGGGCUGUGUUUAGUUCCUUUGUCCACGUUAGUUAACUAUCUUGGUUGAUACUCAACAUUAUAUUAUUAAUCUCUCUCUCUUCUCUUCUUCCACCAACUCCCUCUCUCUCAUGUUCUUCCAAGUAGCUAGCAAGUACCUGUCAGAUCAUUGUAUAAAGAAAAAGUUUCUGUCAAUAUGUAUAUGUUUGAUUAUAGUGU